CGUGAUGAUAACAAAAUGGCAGCAGAAAUAAGGCCAUCACAGAAUAAGCAAGGAAACACAAGAAAACCUGUCCUUAUAAGUAAAUUAGAAGGUUUUCAAGAUGACGUCAACAUGGCAGUUAUAAUCCCUCGGGAAGAUGGAGUUGUCACUGUCAGCGAUGAUAAGACAUUAAGAGUAUGGUUAAAAAGAGAUACAGGACAGUAUUGGCCAAGUAUUUGUCACACAUUGCCAUCUGAGGCAGCAUCAUUAACAUACAAUGGAGAAACAAGAAGACUAUUUGUUGGAUUAAAUAAUGGAACCAUUUCAGAAUUCCUUUUAUCGGAAGACUAUAAUAAAAUUACACAAAUGAGAGAUUAUCUAGCACAUCAAGCAAGAGUAAAUUGUGUAAAAUUUUCUCUAAACUGUGAAUGGGUGCUUAGUUGUAGCCGAGAUAAAUAUUUCCAAUGGCAUUGUUCCGAGACUGGUAGACGAUUAGGUGGAUACCAAGUAUCAGCAUGGUGCCUUUGUGUAGAAUUCGAUGAACAAUCAAAAUAUGCGUUUGUUGGAGAUUAUUCUGGGCAGAUAUCAGUGUUAAAAAUUUCUAAUUCCAAUUUUGAUUUAAUAGUGACAUUAAAGGGACAUUCAGGUAGUGUGAGGAGUUUAGCAUGGGACAUCAAUAGGAGCUGGUUAUUCUCUGGAAGUUUUGAUCAGUCUGCUAUAGUAUGGGAUAUAGGGGGAAGGAAAGGGACAGCUUUUGAAUUACAAGGUCAUAGGGAUAAAGUAUUAGGUUUGGCAUAUGCAGCUGGCUGUAAACAGUUACUGACUGGUUCAGAGGACUGUAUUUUAGGGAUAUGGAAUAUGGAAGCUGACAGACAAGAGACUCCAGGAUGGGAAGAAAGUGAUAUUUGUCAAAAAUGUGAAGCACCAUUCUUCUGGAAUGUUAGAAAAAUUUGGGAGAGUAAGACAAUGGGUGUACGACAGCAUCAUUGUAGAAAAUGUGGCAAAGCAGUGUGUAAUAAAUGUAGCGAAAAGAAAUCCAAACUACCAAUUUUAGGUUUUGAGUAUGAUGUACGGGUAUGUGAAGAAUGUUAUGCCAGCAUAUCACCAGAAGAGAAAGCUCCACUAGCAACAUUUCAUGACAUGAAGCAUCCUAUACAGUAUAUGUUCUUAGAGGAAACAAGGAAAAGACUUCUUACUGUAGGAAAGGAUAGGGUUGUCAAGAUAUGGGAUGUUAGUCAAGUUCUGCAUUGAAGAUUGCUGUAUUAGAAAGUAGAAACAAACACAGAACAAAAACCUUAUUUUGACGUAAUCAUGUGACAGUGACUUAGGGUCAUGUGACUUAAACCAAUAUCUGUAAACAUACAACAGAUAAUAAAACCCUCCAUAUAUAAAUGCUGAGGGACAAUCAUUUUAUUUUGCUGGAAAUCCUCUUUAUAAAAACAACCAUACAACUGCUGAGAGUUUUGUAAGAGUUGACAGCUGAAACUAAUUAUUUGUUAACUCAUUUUCUUGCAAAGAAAUAAUUUAUAACCCCUGCUGUAAAAAAAUCACACACACUAGAUCAGAUAAACAUCAUAAGUAUAUUAAGAUGUGAUCUUUGUGCUUCAGAAAUAGGAAAAAUGCCACAGCAUGAAUAUUGCAUAGAAAAGAACAUGUAUUUUAAUUUUCACUAUUAAAUUUUCAUUAAAAUUCUUCUGCCAUCAGACUAGAUAAAAUUUGCAUUAUUAGCAAUUGUCAGUGAUCACUUAAUAAAUGCAUCUAUUAAUUUGUACCGGUAUAUUAACAGAAGCAGUCCAAAUAUUUUGUUUUUUUUUAUUUUGAAUAUAAAGAUUUGCUCAUUUUGACAUUGAACCUCUUAUGAAUAAAUAAUCUUAUAUGCUUUGAAACCCUUAAAUCUGUGUUUAAUUUUAAAGAUUAGACCAAAGUAGUGGGACCAAUUCAUUUGUUUUUUAGCUUUAUCUAGAUGAUUAAGAUGAGAUAAAAUGAGUAGAAAAUAUUAGUCUAGAAAUAAUAAGGUACACAUUUUUGAUAAUUACAGAAAAGAUGGAUGAAAAUUAUUGAAUACUAAAUAUAUCUUCUCUAUCAAACCCUUAGACACUGGAUUUUUAAAAUUUUGAAUUCUGGAAAAUAGAAAUUACCUUAACUGUUGAUAUAAAGAAAAACUACAUAGUGUAUAUAAACAAAGGAUAAUUCCAAAAUUAAUCUGAAAAAAUUAAGGAUAUUUCAAAUUUUUUAUAAAUUAUGCUAACAAAAACUUAAAAUAAUACAAAGUUAGAGGUAAGGGCUGUUCCAAAAUUUACCUCAUGGGGGAUGGGAGGCACUCAGACUAAUAAAAUAUUGGUAGUUGAUUGAUGUCCUUAAAAGGUGCCACCGUGCAUUAAAUUCUUGAACAGCCAUAACCAAAAACAAAAUUAUGAGAAUGCAAACUAUUAUACAAAAAUUCAGAUAUUGCAAACUCUGUGAACGUAUAUUACCAAAACUUUUAUGGUAUCUCAAUUUUGUAUGGUCUUAUAAAUUUCUUACAUUUUGAUUUUGCUUGUAACACAGUCACUUCAGUAUAAAUCCAGUCUAAAUUCAAAGUAGAUAAUGUUCUAGUAAAUCAGACUUGUCCUGGAGGGUAUAAGACAUUUUGCUAAAAUUGGUAUAUAUAUAGUUUAUUCUCAAAAGAUCUAUUUUUAGUAUAGGUAGAAUUGAUACAAGUUAAAAAUCCAGGAAUUAAUCUAGUCAUGUUGUAUAAAAUCACCAUUUCAGAAUCUAAAGCAUUCUGGGUAUUAUUUUCAAAGGCAUACACUAAAAAGUUGUAAUCGGCUAACAAUUUCAGAAAUAAUGGAUAUAUUCAUCAAAUAUUUUUUUUUGUUCUGUUGGAAAAGUGAAAUUACCCAUAGUGCUUUAGAGUUUGAAAAGGUAAUUUUUAUGAAUAAUGUAGAUUCAUCAUUAUUGAGUAGAUAUUUUAGAAUUUCAAAGCUUUAUUUUACUCUUUCAUUUGAAACUGAUAGUAAUUUGUAUUAGUGAAUGUACUUAUUAUUUAAACAUUAUUUUGUUUCAUGUAAGAAUCUUAAAAGGAUUCUUUGCUUUGAAUUUUAAGUGCUUGCUUUUUGGUGCACUUUAGUUUCAAUAUUACUUACAAAAAAUAGGUAUGAGAUUACUGAUUUUAUUAAUAAUAAUUCAUUAUUUUUGCUUUCAUACUCUGUAAAUAGAUAAAAAUGUGGGACAAUAUUAGAUAAAAGUGUCAUGUGUGCCAUUGUUGAGAUGAGAUUUAAGUAUGAAAGCUAAUGUGAAAAACUUUUAUUGAAAUGUUUACCUUAUUCAACCACAUAAAGUGUCGUCUGCAAAUAUUUUUAAAGAUAAGUUUCAUUCGCACCUGAACCAUGGGAUGCAAAAUAUAUUUUUGUCAAGCUUUUACUUAGGUUACAAAGUUUUGUGAACAUGUUUUUUUAUCUGCUUACAUUUGUUUUAUUUUGUCUAUAUAAAACAUAUUCAGGAUAAAGUAUAAUAUUUGAUUAAUUAUGACACAAAACUAAAAUGUGAUUAAAAGGUGAAUUUGUAUUCCAAUGAAUAAUGUCUGAGGUAUGUUGUAAUUUAAAAAAGAAAAUUUUCUUUUAUGAGCGAACUUCAAAUUUUCUGUUCAAUACUAUAAAUUCAGAUUUUUUUUAUGAUUUAAGGAAACACUGUAUACAACUAGUGCAAUCAAAAUGAUAAGUGAUAAUAAUUAUUAUUUUUGCUAAACCUAUGCUGUUGGAAUAAUAAAAAACAUCAAUAAAGUUUCUGAAUUUAUAGUAUUUUAAUGUGUUAAAUGCCAAAUCUGAAAGGAAGAUCCUUUAUGAAGGUUUUAUUGUAAAUUACAUAUUGUAAAGUUAUGUAAUGUUUGCUUUGCUGCCUUUUGUCUAUUUAUCUGUGAUAUGUGUAUUAUUCAGUGUAAAAACUAUGUAAUAUAAAUGUGUUCUCAAGCUUCAGAACUAUUAUUGUACUAAAACCACAGUAUUGAAUCAUUCUAUAAUUCAUCAAACUUUAUAUUAAAUUGCUGAUUGAUAUUGCAAGGAAUUCAUUCAUUAUGUGUUGUUUCGGUGAAUAUAUAUGUAAGCCUCAAAUCUAUGUCCAGCCUCAAAUCUAUGUCCUUUCCGCAAAUCUAUGUCCUUUUUAAUAUUGCGUCAUUGACGUUCCAAAUCUAUGUCCUUUAUUGUCUCAAAUCUAUGUCUUUUAUUGUCUCAAAUCUAUGGCCAUUUUUGUCUCAAAUCUAUGUCCUUUAUUAACUGAAAUUUAUGGCCAUUUUUGUCUCAAAUCUAUGUCCUUUAUCGAAAUGUGGUGACGUAAUACAUAGCAAGACUUAAUCAAGUAAAAAAAAAAUAUGUGUAGUUUCAUUCUUGAAGGCACAUUAAUAAAGUAACAUGUAUGCACGUUAUGCCAUUAAUUUGUACACUGAAUUAUGUUGUGGUUGUUAAAUGUUGAUAACAUGGUACACAAUGGAUUUUAAAAAAUACAUAGAUUCGAAACCGGAAUAGUUUCACCAGAAAAAAACUUUUUUUGAUAAGAUAGUGGCACAAAAUGUCGUUGUUAAAACGGCAAUAAAUACCCUAAACAUUUUUAUGUGGUACCUAUACAUUGAAACAUUGAACAAAAAGUUUGUAAAUAGGUGUUUGUGUUUACAGAUUACGAUACAGAAUUGGUUCAAUUCAUUGUUGAAGGUGUACAUGUAUCUUUAGUUGCUUGUAUAUACAGAUGUCAUUUUCGUAUUUGUUAACAAGAAGUAAUGAGUAAAGAGAAAUAACCAUAAUUACUACAGAACAAUUAAAAACGGGAUCAAGAAAAGCAAACAAUUUGAAAAUGUUGUAGUUUUACAAUAAAAUGUAAAUCAUACAAUAAUUACACACGCAUGUAAAAAUUUUAAGCACACACAUGGAGAACACAUACCAACUUAACAUUGAAUUAUGGGAAAUGACUUAAUAAAACAAAAAUCCUAUAAGGCCGUACUUAUUAGACUGGCAUAAAAAGAUAUAAGAAAAGAACACAGAUUUGAGGCCGUAUCUUUUUUAACGAUUAUAGAUUUGCGAAUGAUGUCACGAUUGAAAACAAAUGUGAAAAUAGGACACAGAUUUGAGGCCGUAUCUUUUUUAACGGACAUAGAUUAGCGAUUGACGUCACGAUGGGGCACAGAUUUGAGAAACGGACAUAGAUUUGAGGCCGUACACAGAUCUGAGGUUUACAUAUAUACUGUGUUUUUAUGUCACUCCUGUUAUACAUGGGAGACAUAAUUUUUAUCCAGUUUUUCCCUCCAUCACAUCACAAAAUUUUAAUAGUGUAAAUUUAAAUAGGAAUUGAAUGAAAUACAGCAGAUUUGCUUUGUACAGUUUACUGGUGUGGACCUCAUGUUGGAUGAUAAUGUUUUUUGUCCUGUCUGUAUGUCCGUCACACAUUUUUUAAAGUAAGACAAAUGGGACCAUAAUAUAGAUCAGAAGUAUAAGCAUGUGAACAAACCUACUGACACAAAAGGAGUUAUACAGCCUGUGUCUAUAUUUCAUAAAUUGAGUUUACUUGUAGCACAGAUGGGGAUACUUGUGGACAUAGCAUUGAUCUAUUCCAUCAAACAUUGAAAUAAAAAUGAUGAAUUUAUGUCUUACUUUAAAUGAAGUUGGGGAAAUAGGCAUUAUAUAUAGAAUGAAAUUUUCUGAAUGUUCUUUAAAAUAUAUGUGUUGUUUGUAGAUUAAAAUACAUUUUAAGUUUAUCACUCUUAAUUGUCAUUCAACUAAUUUAAAAAAAAAUCUUUACUAUUUGUUUAAUAGGUUAUAUCCAGUAUGAUAUAUUCACACUAGAAUAUUGAUUAUUCCCAUUAGAAUAUGCCACAUUGUAUUAUAAAUCAGAUGUAUUUUUGUAAACAUGAAAUUCUUUCUUGCACAUGUUUUUUUUCUGCAUAUUAUUCUUUUCCCCCUUUUAUAUUAGCGUUUCCCUACCAUAAGAAUUAUGGUAAUAUCUUUAAAUAUGAAGAAUUUUGUAAUGCAUGAGAUCAAUAUACUGUAAAACAACUAAUUUUUGUGAGGCAUUCAUUUACACAACUUUACUGAGUAGAAAAAUAUUGUAAAUAUAAAUCGUCGGAAACGUCAUUUAUGAUCAUCUUUUAUAUGAAUACAUAAACAAUGUUAGAAAAUUAGGAAAGAAAAACACUAUUGACAAGAAAGGGCUUAUUAUUACAAAGUAUCUGUGAAAAUAAGUUGGUUUACAGUAUAGAUAGACUCUACCAGAAAGUUCUAUUUAAAUGAUGUUAAAAAUUUGUGCUCUAAAUUUUGGACUUUCAUUCACCUUUUUAUUUUAGUGAUAAGAUAGUAAAAAUUGGUACAGAUUGCUGACAGGUAAAGGUCAAUUCAAUUAAACACUCUUGUUCUUUAUGUGUGUACAAACUGCCAAAAACAUCGCUUUCAUGGUUAGAACAAAAAUUUAAGCAAAAAAUAUUUUGUUCUGUAAAAUAUCAAGUCUAAAUAAUUGUUUGUAUUGUUUUAUUGUUGAUUGAUGUAAUGUCCAUAGGGCAAUAAAAAGAUUCACCAGAAA